AUGGCAUCCGCACCGCCACCGACGGCCCCAUCGGCAGUGCCAUCGCCGGCAGCUGGAUCUCCCCGUCCGACUCCAUCCACUCCUUUCUUGUCCCACGUUUCCACAUCUGAUCGUAACAUCAGUAUCAACCCUAACCACAAUCCCUCUGCCUCCGGCGGCUCAGCCGGAAACCUCGAUCUCCCAACCACGGCAGCGGAAUCGGCUGCCGCGGGGACGGCUCCCUCGAACGGCCCGGCGAAGAUCCCCUUCCGUCCCCGAAAGACAAGGAAACUUGCCGCCGCCAAGCAAGAGACUGACGACAAGGUGGAGCCCGGCGCUGCCUCUCAGGAAGGCAACAAUGGUGCCAUAGUUGUCGCCGGGCCAGUGGUGAUCCACAACCAUCCACGGACAGUCUACCGCGUGCCACCUCGCCCCUUAUCAGCGCAAGGCGAGGUCGCCGCCGCCAUUGGUCACCUGCGCUCCGCCGAUCCCCAGCUGGCCCAGGUCAUCGAUGCCCACGAUCCGCCCGUCUUCCAGAGCCUCCACCCGCCAUUCCACUCCCUGACGCGCAGUAUCCUCUACCAGCAGCUAGCCUUUAAGGCUGCGGCCUCCAUCUACUCUCGUUUCCUGGCACUCUGCGGCGGUGAGGAUGGCGUCGUUCCCGAAGUCGUGCUCGGUCUCAGUGCACAUCAGCUGCGUCAGAUUGGGGUCUCCGCUCGCAAGGCCAGCUACCUGCAUGAUCUCGCCAACAAGUACAGGAGCGGCAUUCUUUCCGAUUCGUCAAUUGUGGCUAUGGACGACAAGUCACUUUUUACUAUGCUUAACAUGGUCAAGGGAAUUGGUGCCUGGUCCGUUCACAUGUUUAUGAUAUUUUCCCUCCACCGUCCUGAUGUUCUCCCCGUUGGAGAUGUUGGCGUGCGCAAGGGAGUUCAGCUCCUAUAUGGUCUCGACACACUCCCCAGACCAUCCCAGAUGGAACAGCUCUGCGAAAGGUGGAAACCCUACCGCUCCGUAGGCUCCUGGUACAUGUGGCGGCUUGUGGAAGCCAAGGGCAUGCCGGCGGCGCUGGCAACAGUGUCCUCUGGUGCUGCUGUAAUGGUAGCUGCCAAUGGAGGAUCAAUUGAGGCUUCGCAGAUUGUUGGAGUUCCGUCAGCACUUCCGUCGCACCUGCGGCAACAGAUGCCCCAACAACACCAGCAUUUGCACCCGCCCCAGAAUUUACAUCCCCACCAGCAUCAACAUCAGCAACAGCACCAGCACCAAUUGCAGAUGCAGUCUCAACUGGUUGAUGUAAUUCACAGCAUCCCAAAUCUUGGCUGA